AUGGCUGAAAAUGGCGUUGAAGAAAACGGUCUUCUUCCGGCGGAGAAGAAAAGACUGAAAACGACAUCAUCAUCAUCAUCUGAGGAUGUUGUGGACAGAAUUUCGAAACUAUCUGAUGAGCUCAUUCUACACAUCCUCUUGGUUCUUCCCACUGUGGAUGCCGUUUCCACAAGCUUUCUUUCAGAUCGUUGGAAACGCAUGUGGUAUUUAGUCCCCAACCUCUCUUUCUCCAUUACUGCUUCUCGUUAUAAUUCUUCACAGGACCAGGAAAAGUUCUGCAAUUAUAUACACAAUUGUUUGGAACACCGAAAGAAAGCUAUGUUUUAUAAUCGCAGUUCAGUCAUAACUAGUUUUAAGCUUCAAAUGGAUUGCUAUGAAAGAACCAAGAAUCAUUACCUAGAUAAAUGGUUAACUUUUGCUGUUGAGAAAAAAGUUUAG